AAUUGUUUUGGGUGAGCUGUAUUUUCAUUAUGUUCAGAGAUGAAGAUCUGUAUUGAAAACAAAUAGACGCUGCGGAAGUGCCAUGUUGGUAAGCGGAAUACAGUUGGAGCGUCGCCUUAGUAGCCGGGGAAACAAGGAGGAGUUUGAAACCGAUAUCUAGUAGUGUCUCGAAGUUAACGGUUAAAGUCAGGUUUUAAGGUUAAGCUUUGCAAGCUAUGGCCAAAGACCCCUUAGCCGAUGCAGGGCUUCAUUUUGAUGAACUGAACAAGUUGCGUGUUCUAGACCCUGAAGUUGCACAGAAAACAACAGAGCUUAAAGAAGAAUGCAAAGAAUUUGUAGACAAAAUUGGUCAGUUUCAAAAAAUUGUUGGAGGCCUAAUUGAACUUGUCGAUGAACUGGCUAAAGAAGCAGAGACAGAAAAAAUGAAGGCCAUUGGUGCCAGAAAUUUAUUGAAAUCUGUUGCCAAACAGAGGGAAUCACAACAGCAGCAGCUGCAGGCACUCAUUGCUGAAAAGAAAAUGCAGCUGGAGAGGUAUCGAAUAGAAUAUGAAGCCCUUUCCAAGGUUGAAGCAGAACAAAAUGAAUUCAUUGACCAGUUUAUCCUGCAGAAAUGAGGUUCCUUUUGAGUUGUUCAUCGUUUUUGGUUCAAUGAAGAUGCUGACCCAGCAUUCCUCACUUAAGACCUGUGGAUACUGAUAUUAAAACAUUGAAAACGCCUUUGUUGUGAUAAAAACGACCACAUCAAAAUGGACAAAAACGACUGGAGAAAAAAUGAAAACCAUGACAUUCCAGUGGAAUAUUUUUUGAAAUCUUUCCUCAAAAGGAGAACAAAUAUUUUGGGGGCAUUAAAGCAUGCCAGGAGCAUAGCCACUUAAAAAUGAAACAUUUCAUAUAUUUAUAUUAUUGUAUUAUUUAUACUUCACCACCUUAAAAAAAGAGAGCUCUCUUUUCUAGUUUAUAUAUACUGAUGAAAUUACUAAUAUUAGAAUGGUAGUAACAAUAAGAAUAAGCAACAUAUUUUAAAAGCAUUUUGUUCUCUUGGUCAAAGAAUUUGCACAAAUGUUUCCUUUUUACACAGUUUAAGGAAGCGGCAGACCAAAGUAAAUGUUAUUAUGUUCAGAUGUGAACUCGUGGUUAAUUCAUAAUGUUUAAGGUACAAUGAAAUCAAGUACUGUACAUCUGUUUUCUAUUUAACCUUUUCCUGGAUGUUAUUCUGCUUCCGAGUGGCAAUAUGGUUAUCUAGUAGAUAUCAGAUUAUUACUAUACUGUAUAAUUAUGUAAUAUACCUUAUUCUUAUUUGUUUUAAAGUCUCCAUUCACUGUGUGCAGAGCCAGUUCAAUCGUUCUGCCAGUAUUUUCCUGAUUGUACAGAAUAUUCAACAAAAGAUGUUGUACAAUGGCUAACUAACUGCUGAUAACUGGCAGUACGACAGACAACCCAUCUACUUACAGUUCGCCUGUGCCUACUACGAAAGUGUGUAAGGCACGAGUAUUUUAUAAGGAAUUAUUUUAACAAAUAGCAGCAUUCUAGAGUAUUCUGCAAUUUUUUUAAAAGUUUUUUACAUUAUUCCAGCAUUA